AGUAAACAUACCGCCAGUCAAGAUGAAAGUUGCAAGGUGUGGAUAUGUGAACGAUUUACACUAAGUUGGUCGUGCUCGCAAUACAAAAUGUAGCAAUGAACCCUCAGUCUUGUGAGGUGCAGAUGAGAGCAAGUAACUGGAUGUCGAAUGCAACCAAGAGUGUUCCGCUGGACCUUUUCAAUGAUGAGGCCGACAUUUUUGCCUUUGCUGACAGACCAGCACCAACGGAAGAACCGGGAAUACGCUUCCGUAAGAUUCCAAAUCAGAAUGUUGUGCAUCGUUUGAUGAACAGAGAAAUUCAUGCAGCAAAGUCAGGAAAUCAAUUUCAUCAGGCAAGAAAGUUUUACACCAAUGUUUUUCCAAAUUACACUGUCAUCAAUGUUGAGAAACCUCCGUGCUUCCUUAGAAAGUUUUCACCAAGUGGGCGCUACUUUAUAGCAUUUUCAUCAGACCAGACAUCAAUAGAAAUAUAUGAGUUUCAAGGGUCAGCUUCAGCCGAAGAUCUGAUCAGUAAUCACAAAGGCGAUGUUCUAUCAGUGUCCUCAGACCAGGCAUCGCAGCAAGUUCGUAAUGAGUUGUUUGAGAGAUUCUUUAAGUUAAGACAUACAACAACUGUUGCCCAGAAUGGAGAACAUUUGAACCGGGAGUGCAGUUUGUUCACCGACGAUGGCAACUAUGUCAUCGUCGGGUCAGCUGUGUAUCUCCCGGAAGACCCUCACCCUCAUUUCCAUGACAUGUACCGCAAUAACGAGUCUGUCCCGCCAAACCAAAGGUCACCAUUGGAGGACUAUUCCUUGCAUCUUGUGGAGCUUGAGACGGGGAGACUCUGCGACCGGCGCCGCUUCAAGUGUGAUAAGAUUUUCCUGUCUCACAACCAGGGCCUGUACUUGUACAAGAACACUCUAUCGGUUCUGUCUGUGCAGCAGCAGACAAUCCACAUCUUUCAAGUGACUGCUGAUGGUCAGUUUGUAGAUGUCCGAAGCAUCGGCCGCUUUUGUUAUGAAGAUGAUGAACUCCUCUACAGACAGGGCUUGGACCCCCGCAAUCGCAACCAUCCUCGCAGUGAAGAAACCGUCAAUUCACUCAAACACAGACUGUUAGUGUUCUUGUUUAACAGGGCCAGACAUGAAGGUACAUUGUAUGCUCUCAGGAAAUUCUAUCAGUACUUUGAUCAGUUCAGAGCACUGCGAAUGUGGAAGAUGCAGUUGCUGGAUGAGAAUCAUUUGCUGAUCAAGUAUGCCAGUGAGGACGUUGUUACACUCCGCAUCCCAGAUCCAAACUCACAACCAUCGUUUUUCAUUGUCUAUAAUAUGAUCACAACUAAAGUCGUAUCUGUGUUUGAGAACACAUCAGAAGAACUUCUUGAGCUAUUUGAGAAUUUUUGUGACUUAUUCCGCAAUGCCACGCUCCACAGUGAAGCCCAGUUCACAUGUUCGGUGUCCAGUAACAUCUAUGCUUGGCAGAUCCAGCAGAGAUUCAAACAAACGAUCAUCAAUGCAAAGUUUGGAGGCCGUGUGGAGGCAAUUCGACGUUUGCUAGCCCAGCUUCCAAUCAGUGCACAGUCGUACAGCAGCUCCCCCUACCUGGAUCUGUCCCUCUUCAGCUAUGAUGACAAGUGGGUGUCUGUGAUGGAGCGACCCAAGGCGUGUGGAGAUCAUCCCAUCAGAUUCUACACGCGAGACUCUGGGCUGUUGAUGUUUAAGAUCUACGCAGGAGUACUGAGCCGCAACCCGCCUCCCGCUGCAAGACGCCUUGUUGCCUUCACCUUUCAUCCUAGUGAACCAUUUGCAAUCAGUGUACAGAGGACUAAUUCUGAAUAUGUUGUCAAUUUUCACAUCAGACAUUGUGUUUCCAGCUGACAGAUACCGGUAACCGCUUCCUAGGAGGUUAGAAUCCUGAGAUUGUACCCAUUUUCAGAGACCAUAUACUGAUCGGUGUAUUGUCUCUGCCAAUGUUCAAAUGCAAAUUAAUCCUUGUAGUUUAAUGAGAAAAAACUUUUGGUUUUAAUAUGAAGCACUGAUAACCCGGACGAUAUCCCGUCAGUGAAAUAGUUCAGAUUGACAGGUACAAAAUAAUACAUAAUUAGAUGUCCCCAACAAAACACAUAACGAAGGGUUUUCUGAUAAACAUGCUUCACUGAACAUUUGGACAAUUAAAGCGGUAAUGAUGACCAUUAAUGUAAACACCAGUUUCUCCAUAUGGUCAUAGUCAUGAAGGACUUGAAGCUUGUACAUCCACCAUGUGUUACUGUCAUUGAUUACAAACGCAUUAAAUAAAUGUCUUGCUGCUCACAAGAGCGAUGGUCA